AUGGAAAUUGGUGGAAAUAAAGCACAAAGAUACCAACCAAAAGUAGCAUUUCCUUUUUCAAUCAGACUCUCAAAUCUUGACCUCCUUUCAGGCCGUUUUCCAGUUACAUACUUGUAUUUCUACCACAGGCCACAAGUAGAUGACUUCAGAGCUGUCGUUGAGGCUCUCAAGACCUCUCUAGCACAAGUACUUAAUUACUACUACCCUUUUGCUGGCCAAAUUGCUGAAAAUCCCAAAACCAGUGAGCCGGAAAUCAUUUGCGACAACAAUGGUGCUCUAUUCAUUGAGGAACACAUCAAUAUUCCAUUGAAGAGUGUAGAUUUCUAUAAUCUCAACGAAACUAUUGGAGGAAAAAUAGUCUCCAUUCAACCAGACUUCCCCUUGCAAGUUCAGGUAACAGACUACACUUGUGGAGGUAUUUCCAUAGCAUUUACUUUUGACCAUGCAUUAGGGGAUGCAAGUUCCUUUGGUAAAUUUAUUGCCUCCUGGUGUGAAAUAUCCCAAAAUAAACCACUAACCUGCCUGCCAGACCACACUAGAUCCCUUCAUGCGCGUACUCCUCCAAGAUAUCACCCAUCCUUGGACCAAACUUUUAUCAAAUGCACCAAAGAAGAUAUACAAAACAUAUCAAUGAACCACAUCUCACUUAAACGACUAUACCACAUCAAUGCAUCAAGUAUUAACAUGCUGCAGAGACUUGCAUCUGUUAAUGGUGCAAAGAGAACAAGGAUUGAGGCUUUCUCUGCCUAUGUAUGGAAGAAAAUGAUCGGUACCAUUGAUCAAAGCCAUAAAAAGUAUAAGAUGGGUUGGUUGGUCGAUGGCAGAGAGAGAAUGAGUAGGGGUAGGAAUUCCAUGUCAAAUUACAUUGGCAAUGUCCUAUCUUUGGCUUUAGGGGAAGCAAGUAUUCAAGAAUUGAAGGAAGCCUCUAUAUCAGACAUAGCUAACAUGGUAAAUGAGGCAAUUUCAAAGGUGAACAAUGAGGUUCAUUUCUCGGACUUGAUUGAUUGGAUCGAGUGUCAUAGGCCUGGUUUGAUGAUAGCAAAGGCAGUCUUGGGUCAAGAAGGGCCAACCUUGGUCGUGUCCUCAGGAAGGAGGUUUCCUAUCACUGAAAUUGACUUUGGAUUUGGGACUCCCCUGAUAGGGACAGUAUACACUUCCAUUGAAAAGAUUGGAGUUGGUUACAUGAAUCAAAGGCAAAGUGCCAAGGGUGAUGGCUCUUGGACUGUGUCUGCUAUCUUGUGGCCUGAACUUGCAGCUGCACUGGAGAGUGACCCAAUUUUCCAGCCAAUGUCUACUUCUCAUCUUCAACUUUAGUGCCGUACCUUGCCUUUGCAUCUGGGGCGGGUGGGAGUCGUGGGAAGGAGAUUAAGGUUACUUUCCAGGUUCUACAAUAAUGGUGAUGAAUCUGAAUCCUUAACAUAGUAAGUUCUGCAUAUUGAAGCUCGUGAAAUAAAGUUAUAAACAUUGAGUGCAUCAAUGUAAUGUAUAUUUAGUGGAUCAAACCAUGCUUAUGAUACUAUAUGAGAAUUAUAACCAAAGGCAAUAUAGCACGCAGAAUUUUAGCAGAAUACAAUUACUAUGUAUACAACAAAGA